AUGAAGACGACACACACCAGCCCUGACCUGCAUUUCGGCGAGAGCGACGCCGGCAGCGACUCUGAGAAUAUCACUGCCAUGACUGAGCAGGAUGCUGAGAACGCCGCCGCAUAUCUAGAGUCCGUUAUCGGCCUUGACCUCAAGUACCCGCUGGAAUCGACCGAGCAUGUGAUCGCUGGGUCCCCAAUCAUUGUGCGCGAGUCCGAGCCCAGCUCCAUCAUCGCCUUCACCCUGAUGGCCAGCGAGUACCGCACCGAGCUGCACAAGGUCCUGGAGCCCGCUGUCCCGCCCACUGCCACUCCCGACGGCAACUCGCCGGGCUCCCCCAGCAGCCCACCGUCUGUGCGCUCGCCACGCAACGAGUUCGCGCGGACAACACCGGCCGAGCAUGCCCAGGAACUAAUUGAAUACGCAAUGCUCCAUGCACCCCUAUCGCACUUGAAAUUGCAGUUCACCAGCCUGGUCCGCACAUUAUUCAAAUGCAAGGUGAUGUUUGCGCCGCAGUUCGACGGGCUGCGGCGGUGCAGCGGUUGUGAGGACAGCUACAUUGAGUCACUGGCCCGCUGCGCUACCUAUGAUGCACAAGGGGGCAAGUCGGGCAGCGCCUUUCUGGAGACCCGCGACAAGCGCUUUAUUAUCAAGCAGGUACCCAAGGCCGAGAUGGAUGCGUUUGAGAAGCUCGCGCCCUUCUAUUUCGAGCACAUGUACCGCACAUACCGGGAUGUCAUGCACACCCUACUUGCCAAGAUCUUUGGUGUCUGCCGCAUCUCCUACCGCAAUGCCGCCACCGGCAAGUCCAUGAAAAUGAACGUCGUCAUUAUGGAGAAUCUCUUCUACCAGCGCACAUGCUCGCGUGUCUUCGAUCUCAAGGGCUCGGAGCGCAACCGCAUGGUCGACGAGACCGAGGGCGCGUCACUCACCAAGCAGCACCUGCAUGAUGCCAUCUGGAACGACACGCUGUUUCUGUCCAAAAUGAACGUCAUGGACUACUCGCUGUUGGUCGGCUUUGACGAGUCUUCGAACCAGCUAGUCGUCGGCAUCGUCGACUUUAUCCGCACCUUCACUUGGGACAAGAAGCUCGAGAGCUGGGUCAAGGAGUCUGGCAUAUUGGGCGGUGGCGGCGGCAAGGGCCCCACCAUUGUGUCCCCCAAGCAGUACAAGAAUAGGUUCCGCGAAGCCAUGGAACGCUAUUUCCUGAUGGCCCCUGACAAGUUCUUUGUCCUGCCCGCCGAAGACGAGGACUAA